CAAAACAAACGUGCUGCAAAAAUCGCAGAAAGCCUCUAAAGAGCUUAAAUUUUUAUUAAAAUACAUAAUUUAAAUGAAAAAUGGCAGUGCGGCCUCAGCGUAUACAUGACGGUGCCGUUGUUGAACGCAGACUACGCCCGAUAUACGAUUGGCUCGACAAUGGAAAUAACAAAAAGGCAUUGCAAGAAGCAGAAAAAGUACUUAAGAAAACUCCGACUCUGCAAGCUGCUCGGGCGUUGAAGGCUCUAGCUAUGUUUAGGUUAGGAAAGGCACAGGAGGCCUAUGUCGUGCUAGACGCUCUUUCUGAGGAGAAGCCGAGUGACGAUACGACCCUGCAGGCCAUGACUAUUACUUAUAGGGAGUCCCAGCAAUUGAACAAAGUGUGUGCACUGUAUGAAGCGGCAGUGAAGGUUGAGCCAACUAGUGAGGAGCUGUAUUCACAUUUAUUCAUGUCGUAUGUGAGAGUCAGUGACUACCGGUCACAGCAGCGAGCUGCGAUGGCAUUGUAUAAGUUUGCACCAAAAAAUCCCUACUAUUUUUGGGCUGUUAUGAGCAUUGUGUUACAGGCUAAAACUGCUGAGGAUGCAACAAAAAAAGGUAUUCUUCUUACAUUAGCACAGCGGAUGGUUGAUAACUUUAUAUCGGAGAAUAAAAUGGAGGCAGAACAGGAAGCAAGCUUAUACAUAAUGAUUUUAGAAUUGCAAGAGAAGUGGCAAGAUAUUCUUAAGUUCAUUGAAGGUCCAAUAUACACACAACUAGUGCCCGGGUCCAGGGCUCAAGCUAGCAUACCCUUUUUAAAAAAACUAGGUGAAUGGAAACGUCUAAACAUACUUUGUAAAGAGCUGCUCUGGGAUAAUGUAGAUAGAUGGGACUAUUAUUUACCGUAUUUUGACUCUGUUUUUGAAUUAAUUAAUAAUUCCGACAAUGAAGGUGACGAGAGCACAGACAACACUGCCGAGAAGUGCCACGAAUUUAUUUGCCAACUAGUCGAAAGUAUGUCGUCGAAACGAACUCUCCGAGGUCCGUAUUUAGCUAGAUUGGAGUUGUGGAAACGUUUGUCGGUUGACGGUGAUCCAACUUCAUUAUUGGGCAGUGGUGUAGCUCUAUGUAUUCAGUAUUUAAGGGUAUUUGCAAACAAGCCGUGUGCUGUGCCAGAUUUAAAACCGUACCUUGUUAUGAUACCUCAGAAGGAAAGAGAAGCGCAUUGUAGAGAUUUCCUGACUUGUUUAGGCUUUGAUGAGAAUAGUGAACCUGAUACACAAGACGACAUCCAGCGUCACAUCUCGUGUUUACAAGCUUGGAGACUCACCUCUCCGGAGGGGACCUUAGAGGAGAAUUUGACAAUAGCAAAUACUCUCCGACGGCACUACCUUCGCUGCCUCAACAAGGGUCUAGUCACCGCCACCCCUACAGAGUUCUGUUCGGCGGACCAGUAUGCUGUGCUCGCUUCACAUCAUUAUUUCUAUGCAGCGGCCCAACAGCAGAGCGUGACUCCGGUGGUGGAAGCCCUGAGCCUGCUGGAGCUGGUGCUGCACCACUCCCCCGCCAACUUCCACGCCAAGCUGAUGCUCGUGUCGCUGUAUCACAUCUUAGGUAACGCGGUAUGCGCGUCGCACGCGUACGUGCGGUUAGAGUUGAAGCAGGUGCAGCUAGUGUCACUGGGGUGGCUGCACGCCGCGCGCCUCGCGCCCGCACUCGCCGCGGCGCGCGCGCUCCGCCUGCUCGCUGACACCGCCGCCUUCCAUAGACACCACGGCAAGGAUAGCGUCGAGAACCUCACCUACGCGUACAAAUACGGCACUUUCGAGAAACUCGUCGAACUGUCGGCUUGGAGCGCGCGGCUGGAAGCGUGCGGGUGGGGCGCGAGUGCGGCGCGCGAGCGGGCGCUCCUCCCCCUGCUCGCCGGCCCGCCCGCGCCGCUACACGCCCCGCCCCCACUACCGCCACACCCUACUGACAAUAGGGAUUUAGCGGCGAUAGUGUCGUGGGAGCCGCCGCAGUGUGCGGACGCGGACGCCAAGGCGCGCUCAUUCGAUGAGGACGUCGCGCAUUUGAGACUGAAGGAUGGACUGGUGUCGUGUAUAGCGUUAUGUAUCGAGUGUUCGGAGGGUAUGGGGGAGGCGCGUGCGGCGCGGCGGGAGGAGCUCGGCGCGGGCGUCGCGGCGCUGGAGGGCGCGCUGCGGCGGUGCGCCGAGCGGUACACCGCCCCGCCGCCGCUGAAGGCCACCGCGCCGCUGCCGUCGCGGAUAUACGGUCUAGUCCAAUCUGAAAUCCCGUACGCGACGCUGUACGGUCACUCGUUACGGCUCGUGUGGGCGGCGGCGGGCGGGGCCGACGGCGUCCGCACGCACGCUGCAGCGCUCCGCGACGCGUUACUUGCGACGCGCGCCCCGUUAACCGCGUGCGUAGGACGAGCUAAAGACGCGUGGACGUUGCGAGAUGCGUUUGAGAUGUUUGCGAAUUAUUUGGAGUUUAUCGGCAUCAUUACGUUCCUGUUGGGCGUCUGUAACGAGCUCAUCACGCCGGCCAACACGAAGAAAUCAAAAAAGAAAACGAAUCAGUCGCCCGAUCAGAUCGAAACGACCGAACUCCUGAACAAAUUGAACGACGAAGUGCAGGAAACUAUCACCUUCGUGGAGGAAAUAUUCGAGGAUUGGCCAGUGUACGAGUACAAAUCCACUCUGCAAGAGGAACUAGAGAAAUUAGGACUGACAGACUACCAGUGUACAGUGGGGGAGAGGUUAAAAAGUGGUGUGCAAGAAAUACUAGAAGAUGUCAAGAAUAUAUUAAAAAAGAAGGCGAAGUAUCUCAAGAGUCUGCAGUGAAGUGUCCUUGUGCAAUAUGAACCUGGUUCUGUCAUUUUAAUUCUUUAAUGCAGCUUCGUUACGGACUGGAUGCAAUAGUAUUAUAAGAGUACAAUAUGAUAUGCUCACGAAAUAAACCAAUAGGGAAUAUACGCGAAGGUCGGAGUAGAGGGCGCUACUAGCAUAUAUAGUAAACAAUCCGAUAUGUUGCACACACCAUAUUGACAGAAACAUUUUCAAAAGUCCAACAAAACUUUUUGUUUCUGUGCUGGUCCUGCCGUUUAGCGUGAAAACAUUGAAGUAAGGUAUUCUAUUUCAAUUGCUUUUUGAUUGAUCUAAAUUCUAAAAAUCUGCCUUUUGACAUUUGUUUUUUUGUACGUGUAAUACAAUUUUGUUACAUCAACUUUAUCGAAGCUGUAUUAAAUAGCAGAAUCGGAGAAUAGUUCAGUGUUAUAUUACCUUUGAUAAAAGCUUUAUACCGAUAAGGAUGAAUACGCAAAGGUAAAUUUAACUGUGAACAAAUUUUAGUCAGUGUUUACAUAAUAUGCGCAAAACUAAAGCAUUUUACUGUAUGUAGGCUUUUUUUAAUAAUCUUAAAACUUUUUUUACAGGGUUUUAUUCUGUUUGUUAUUACAAACAUAAAAUGCAAAGUACAAAAAAUUUUGUGUCACAAAAACCUUAAUGUCUGUCUGUACAACAUUAGAGAUUCAUCAGAUGCUUAAAAGCGUUCUUACGUCGUAGUUUUGCGCAUGUUUUACUACAUAUCCUGUAAAUAUUGAGGGCUUGGUGUGAAGUAUGCUUCUAUCGGUCACAGAUAUACAAUACUGACUUCUGGCUUCAUAAUAAAAGUCACGGAAGCUGUGGCAUCUCAGCCACAGAAAAUAUAUAUGUACUGUUGCGCUGAUGCUCGAUUUACACGGGUGACUAACGAGUCGUUACCAGUCGAAUUGCCUGUCCAAGCCGAAUCGCCACCCCAUUUACAUAUUCUACAAAAUUCGCCUGUGCCGCCCGAGAUCUCCGCUAUGUAUUUGCAGCAAGCGAUCGCUUGCGACUGAGCGUUUGCACGGUCGAUUUUAGU